GGGGUGGCCGCGUGGCCGGGCCACCCGGCCGGCAGGGGCGGGCCUCUCGCGAACUCCAGGCGCGCCCCCGGCGGCCAGGCCGCAGCGUGCUCGCCCCCGCCGCCAGCUCGCUUCACUUAUGGGUCGGAAAGCGCUGCGUGGGGGAGACUGUUCCAAGAUGGCGGCGGGUUGCUGCGGGGUGAAGAAGCAGAAACUGUCCAGUUCGCCCCCCUCUGGCUCGGGUGGCGGUGGUGGCGCCUCCUCCUUCCACUGCAGCGGAGAGAGCCAGUGUCGAGCUGGGGAGCUGGGACUAGGAGGCGCCGGUACGCGGCUCAACGGGCUGGGAGGUCUCACUGGGGGAGGUAGCGGCAGCGGCUGUACCCUCUCUCCCCCCCAGGGCUGCGGAGGCGGCGGCGGGGGGAUUUCCCUGUCGCCACCUCCGAGCUGCGGAGUGGGGACCCUACUUUCCACCCCGGCUGCCGCCACCUCUUCCUCGCCCUCCUCGUCGUCCGCCGCCUCGUCCUCAUCGCCCAGCUCCCGGAAGAUGGUGGUGUCAGCGGAGAUGUGCUGCUUCUGCUUCGAUGUACUCUACUGUCACCUGUACGGAUACCAGCAGCCCCGGACUCCCCGGUUCACCAACGAGCCCUACCCACUGUUUGUAACAUGGAAGAUUGGUCGAGACAAAAGAUUGCGUGGAUGCAUAGGUACUUUUUCUGCCAUGAAUUUGCAUUCAGGACUCAGGGAGUACACACUUACCAGUGCCCUUAAAGAUAGCCGAUUUCCCCCAAUGACAAGGGAUGAACUGCCACGGCUCUUCUGCUCAGUGUCUCUGCUCACUAACUUCGAAGAUGUUUGUGAUUAUUUGGACUGGGAGGUGGGUGUACAUGGCAUUAGAAUAGAAUUCAUCAAUGAAAAAGGAUCAAAACGCACCGCCACCUACCUACCGGAGGUUGCAAAGGAGCAAGGAUGGGACCAUAUUCAGACCAUAGACUCCUUACUGAGGAAAGGAGGGUACAAAGCUCCGAUUACUAAUGAAUUCAGGAAAACCAUAAAACUUACCAGGUACCGUAGUGAAAAGAUGACCCUGAGUUAUGCUGAAUACCUUGCUCAUCGCCAGCAUCAUCAUUUCCAAAAUGGCAUUGGGCAUCCCCUUCCACCAUACAACCAUUAUUCCUGACACUGAGCCGCACAACCAGUCACUGGGCCUCUCUGCAGACCUCUUCCCAGGAGACCCUGCCCCUUCUUGGUCUAGCUAUCUCUUUUACUGUACCAUUUUAUGAUGAUAGUUUCCGUUGCCAUGGUGAACCUUCAACAUAGUCAAUUAAGAUCAUCAUGGUAACGGGUAGGAAAAUGGUAUUUGUUAAGAAGAUCCUGUUUUAUUAUUUUAGGUCAUUGAUUUUUUUUUUUGCAGCAUAUAUCAUUUGGAAAGGGAUUUCUUUCCUUACAAUAUUAUAUAGAAUUCUGCUUUGCUAUGUCAAUCAGAUUUCUAUCUUUCUGUCUAUCUUGCUUUCAUUUCCUAUCUUCUUUCCUUCAUUCUUUCUUGCUUCUCUUCCCUCCUCCCUUUUUUCUUCUUUUGACUGUGGAUGGAAGAAAUUGUACAGUUCUUAAGGAUUUUAUUUAGUUUUUUCUUUAGUUUUCCUCAGUAAUAUAGAUAAUUUUUCAUAGCUGAGUUUGGGAGUAAUUCAUAUGAAAUUCAGGUAUUUGUGUAUUAUUCUUGAAUUUGUCUAAAAUUAAUUUUGCUAUGGAGCUUAGUAUGUGGGUCUCCACUCCUUAAGUAUAUGUUUUUCCCAUGGUUAAAAUAUAUGAACUUUAGUUCUAGUAUAGAGCAUUUGAAGGUCCGUGAUAGGGCUUGUCACAGAGAGUGAGAAAUCAUUUAUGCCUAUUGUGUUGGUUAUCAUAGGAGAGACUGCUUCAUCACUUUAUAGAACCAACUUACAAACUAAAACACUGUUUUAAGAAAGUACAAGCUACAUUUCAAAUAUGCUAUAGAAUCAUUGUGAAAAGCAGCAAAUAUCAGGAAGAGAGCAGAUACAGAAUUUAGUGCCUUUGAGAAGAAUAUAAUUAAGUGGAAUUAAGAGGGGGGUAGAAAAAAGGCAAUUUAGAGAAAUAUUCUUGUAAAAUUUUAUUGUUUCUAUGUUGUAAAACAACAGAUUAGACAAAUUCUUUACUCUUAAAUAUUUUUUUAAGCUGAAAUAAUUAUUUUGAGCAAAUAACCAAAAAGAAACAUGUGUCUAUUAUGUAUUAAUUUAAAUUUGUGAGGUUUACGUUUCAAUAAGUCAUGAUUGGCCAGAGACAAUUUUAGCUACCAUUUAAAGAAAUGGUAAAGAUAAUCUAGUGAAACAAAAGUUCAUAUAUGCCAUGAUUUCAGACAUUUGUAAUGGGGACAAUACUGGAGUUUUAGAUAUACUACAAAAUAGCUUGAAUCUCUUUCUGCACUACAUACUUUUGAUAGAAACACAUUUGCUAUGUUGAUGUUAUGUUACAGCUGUAAAAAUGGAGUUGGCAUUUAGAAGCGAUGUAGUUGUUAGAGCGAGAUCAUUUGCAAGGCUUCUCUUCCCACGAUACAUACAAAGAGAAUUCCUAAUGUCAAUAGGAGGUCCGUGUGUAUAUCCCCAGGAAAAAUGACAGAGGAUUUUGGAGAAAGAUUACCUUCAUUUUUAUGGUAGAAACUGUGUGUGUGUGUGUGUGUGUGUGUGUGUGUGUGUUAAUAUUUUUUUAAAAUAGGAUAAAAUAGGAAACCAAUAAAUCAAGUGAUGAAUUUAAGUAUGGUGCAAAAUAUAUAGUUCGCUGAAUAUCAAAUGGUAUAGCUUAUACAUAUAGUUGCUGUGACAAGUGACAACUGCUAGUUCAGAAUUCAAAAACCCUUUUCUAGUUUGUGAGAUAAUUGGCUAAAUUCAUUGUGGCAAAUCAAACUGUUUUAGUUUUUGAUGAGAGUUCUUAGAAGUUUGUUGGUAUUCCUUCAUCCAUAGCAUCUAUUGUUGAAACAACCAUUUUCAGUUGCGAUGCCUUAACUAAGAAGCCAAUUGUUGGCCUGAAAUGCAAUCUCGGUAGCCAGUUCCAUUGAACCUAGAGAUUUAGUCAGACAACGCUAGCUGUUGGGUUUUAGAACAGGAUUUUGAGUCCUUUCAUUUCUACUUGGGAGCAUUUUGGAGCAGAUUAGUCUUUCAGUAUAAAAACAAGUGGCUACCUGAUGGAAACUUUUUCUUGCCCUUAUAGGGAAACUGAGCACAAGCUGAAUGAUAUUGUCUGCUGCAAAAAAGUAAAUAAAACAAACUGAGGAGAGACAAAAGAGACCAAUAUUGAUCCAUCUUAUCCAUCAUCUCAUCAGUUCAACAGGCUCCUCAUCCUGAUUGAGCUCAUGGUUAGAAGUUUUUUCUAAAGAAAAGAUCUAUACAUACAUAUUUGUAUGUAUACAUAUACUUAUACAUACAUACAUAUGUGUGUGUUUAUGUAUUUAACGGUGCUAAUCAAUCUUGAGCAGGUCACGUGACUGGUCAUGCGGACUCUAAAAUCAUAUCAGAUUUUUUAAAUUUCUUGAUAUAUGCAGAUGUUAUACAGAUUUUCUUACCAGUGUAAUAAUGUUAUACUGAAGAAAUAACCAUCCUGCAGGCUUCAGAGGACUCGGACAGCAAUAUUUCCCACCAUGGCUUGGGGGGAAAGGAUAGUUUUGUCUCCUUUUGUAUUCAGAUUAAUGCACAGUGCCGUUUUGUCUCAAGACUUUGUUGUGUAAAGGGUGUUCUACAAACUGUAAUGGCGUGCUUCAAAGAAACAAAUGCUAGACCCUUUCACCUUUGUCGUAUAUAACAAAAUGUUAAAUAUGUGGUUUGAAUUAACUUUGAACAUGUUGAAAUAUGUAGCAUGUGUUUUUAACUCUGACAAAGAUUCUAAUUGCACAGGUUGUGUUCUUAGCCAGUUGUGGUUUAUUUGUUCAGAAACACAAAUGUGAAUUGCACUCAUCACCAGUAUAUUGUAUAAAUUCAGUGAUCUUUAAACAGCUCAGACAUAAUACUUGAACUUCAUUUGAGUAGCACAAAGUUUACAUAGACCCCCUUUUAAAUGUUAAUUAGUUCCAUUUAUGUUUUCCAUUUUCAAAUGCAACUGGGUAUUUUUCCUCUUGGAAAAUCGUACGCAUUUUACUUUGGUAUGUAGCGAAAGGCUUCCAUUUCUGGAAGGAUUUUCUUGUCCUUAAACAAGGUCAGCCAGGUACCAGAUUCUAAAAGAACAAUUUCUCCCCCCUCAUUAAGUGGCCUUCUGACUGCACGAGAAUGUGCUACUACCCAUUCUAGUCUCCCCUACCAUAAGAGGUUGGUGUGAUUGAUGGAGGAAGUGCAAGGCUUGUUCUCCCCCCCCCCCCACCCCACUUAAAGAAUUAUAAGACUUUCAGUCCCAUGCAUUCAGUCCCAAUACCCAGCACACCAGAAGUUUGUGUACUGGCCUCUUUUCAUGUCUUCAAAUGUGCAGGAAAUUUGAAACUGUCAUCUGGAAUAGGUUCCAUCUCUUAUGUGUGUUAGAUCAAACCAAAGAAGCCCCCAGCCAUGCCCAAAUGCUGCUCCAAAAGCCUGCCUUCCAGUCCUUACAAAAACCUUGCAGGAUUAAAUGUGUUAACUUUUUUAUUUUUGUACAGUUUCUAAGUGAUUUUUGCUAGUGAUAUUAAAUUGAAUUAAGUUUAUUUGGGGGUGUGAGAACCUCCUCCAUUUAAAUAAACUGGUGACUUUCCUUUUAUUUUUUAAAAACGGAAACCUGUUGUGUGCCUCUCGAUUUAAGGGUUUCUGAUUACAUUAUUCUUAAGACCAGCAUUGAUCCUUUAUAUACAAAGAUACGUUUUCCUUGUUUUUUAUUACUGUUUCAGAAGAAAAUAAACCUUUUAUUUUGCUCUGGACCCAGUAACUGCGCUGGUACAUAGACGCACUGAGAAAACACUUUUGUAACCACCUCUGACUGUUUUUGUAUAUCAAAGUUGAUUACUUUUGAAAUAUUUGGAUCUAGUUUCUAAGUUAUUUUAGUGUUUUAUAUGUUCCCCGAAAUCACUUUGAAUCGGUCACCAGCAUAAUGAGUUUUUGGUGAUGUCAUAGUGAGACUUGUAAUGAGCAAAAGCUACCUGGUGUAGCUUGUCUUUUCCUUCUUUCUUAGGAACCUGUUUUUGAUUACAGUAAGACAUCAGAGAUUACCUGAAAUCCCUUCAAGUAUAACUAGAUCCUCCUUCCUUCCACAUUUAAUUGCUUAGUAGUUUGAAGAAACUAUUGGAAAUGGGCAUUUUAUAUGACAUGUUUGGCUUUAAAAUAUAAAAGAGCAAAAUAAAAUGAGAAGGUUUAUGUGGGUCUGUAAGGUAUGGCUGUGGAAAGAUAUUGUAGUAGUUUUGACACUAUUGUUAUUACCUUUAAACUCAUUUACCCAAUAAAAUGUUAAAACUGA